AUGAACUUUUUUGGAUCAAAGUCACAUCAUCCCAGUUCUCAAGGGUCCUCGAAUUCUAACUCCUCUUCAAAUGGAAAUAAGCAUGCCCUGGGUAGUGCUGGUAAUGGUUUCUUCCCUAGCUUUACGUCACAAACUGCAACUCCAACUACAGCAGUGAGUUCAAGUUCAUAUGCAAUGGGAACAACAGGUGUUGCUUCUGAAGAUGUCAUCUCAAGAAUGAAGGCUAUGAAUGAACCUGCUAAAACAAGUACUCAAGGAAAUAACGUAAAUCAGAAAAUUGUUAUUGGUGUUAAUGAUAAGCCCGCUAUAAUAACUACAGGUCCUGAAGAGCAAAGUACAAGAGAUGAGCAAAAACAUGGUAGUGAACCUCAAUUUAGGACAGAUACUCAUUUAACCCCAUCUCCUGUGCAACUAGAACAAUCUUCGAGUAGUAGGACGGAUAGUAGUAGUAGUGGUGAGAAUGAUAUUCCAAGAGGAAAAUUGGAAGUAACUAUUAUUGAAGCCAGAGGACUGAGCACGAUAUCUGAAAACUCAUUACCAUAUGUGGUUUGUACUUUUGAGAGCUCCGAAUUUAUUUCUGACGGCCCAGAAUCCGUUGAAAACAAUGGUAGUUAUGUUAAUAAUCAUGGUGGCUUGUCUUCUAUUAGGGAACAGCUGCGUAAGAGACCAUUAUAUACCCAUAGGUCUUCUUCACAGCUUAACAAACUAACUUCCCGUCAAAACAACUUUGACUCGGAAGUGGUGUCUAGCGGACUAAAUCCAAUAUGGCAUCAUAAAGCUACAUUUGACGUAUUAGGAUCACAUUCUGAGUUAGAUAUAUCAGUGUAUGAUUCUAAUCAUGAAGACAUGUUUCUAGGUCAAGUAAGACUUCGUCCUAAUAUUCACACAACCUCCAAUAUGUCACAUGAGCAAUGGUAUCCUUUGCAGAGUAGAGUUAUGGAUGAGAAAAUAACGGGAGAAAUACUAGUCAAAUGGCACUAUACCUUGACUAAGAAGAGGCACUACGGUCCUCAGGACUUUGAAGUUCUACGUCUAUUAGGUAAGGGUACUUUUGGCCAAGUGUAUCAAGUGAAAAAGAAGGAUACUAAAAGAAUAUAUGCCAUGAAGGUGCUUUCCAAGAAAGUUAUUGUAAAAAAGAACGAGAUAGCACAUACUAUUGGUGAGAGAAAUAUCCUAGUAACUACAUCUUCAAAAGCCUCUCCUUUUAUUGUUGGUCUAAAAUUUUCUUUCCAAACUCCCACAGAUUUAUAUCUAGUCACAGAUUAUAUGAGUGGAGGUGAGCUAUUCUGGCAUCUUCAAAGAGAAGGCCGUUUUACGGAAGACAGGGCAAAAUUUUAUAUAGCAGAGCUGGUGUUGGCUUUGGAACAUUUACAUGACAAUGACAUUGUUUACAGAGAUUUAAAGCCAGAGAAUAUACUAUUAGAUGCAAACGGUAACAUAGCACUAUGUGAUUUUGGUCUUUCCAAAGCUGAUCUCAAAGAUAGAACUAAUACAUUUUGUGGUACUACUGAAUAUCUAGCUCCAGAACUUCUUUUAGAUGAAUCUGGUUAUACAAAAAUGGUUGAUUUCUGGUCUUUAGGUGUACUAAUAUUUGAGAUGUGCUGUGGUUGGUCACCUUUUUACGCUGAGGAUAAUCAAAAGAUGUAUCAGAAGAUCGCCUUCGGUAAAGUUAAAUUCCCACGGGAUAUUCUUUCCCCUGAAGGUAGAUCUUUUGUUAAGGGUCUGUUGAACAGAAAUCCAAAACAUAGAUUAGGUGCUAUAGAUGAUGGUCGUGAGUUGCGUGCUCAUCCUUUCUUUGCCGAUAUCGAUUGGGAACUAUUGAAACAGAAAAAGAUCCCUCCUCCAUUUAAACCUCAUUUAGUUUCGGAAACCGAUACUUCUAAUUUUGACCCUGAAUUUACUCAAACAUCAACGUCAUAUAUGAACAAGCACCAUCAAAUGGCUGCAACUCCGUUAUCUCCUGGUAUGCAAGCGAAGUUUGCUGGAUUCACAUUUGUUGAUGAAUCUGCCAUUGAUGAGAGAUUCAAUGCUAACAAUAGUAACAGAAGGUUUCUGCAAAGCUCUUCUUUUAUGGAGCCUGGAUCCUUUAUUCCUGGUAAUCCUAAUCUGCCUCCAGAUGAAGAUGUUAUUGAAGAUCAAGAUGAUGAUGACUUUGAGAAUGUGAAGAACCCCAGAGAUUUAGAUUUUGAUGGUGAUCAGCAUAUGGAUGAUGAAUUUGUAAGCGGACGUUUUGAGAUAUAA